AUAAUAUACCGCGAAGUGUUAACGAAUUGACAAAUAAACAAGGGCUAAUAACACUAGUUACUGCAAUUGAAAGUUCUAUUUAGUUAAUUAAAACGGUUUUAAUGAACAAUUGACCAUCGCAGCGAGUUCAUUCAUCAAACGAGUGUGAAUUACAUACGUUGCACAUGAUUGUUGUGAAUAUUAAAGGUGUAUAGAAUAUGCAUUCGAAGAAGUCAUUCGGUAUUCGUGGAGUUGUUUUCCUGACGUUAUUGUUCGGUUUAAGUAUUUGCGAUGAAGACGUCUGCAAUCGUCGACCGCUUGGGACUAAGACGGAUCCGCUUCCGCCUGACAAUCAGUUCCUCAUUGAAAUAAACGGAUUAAUUGAAAACCUUUAUAUACCGAAGAAAGAGUACAUAGUACGCUUGAGAUCGAGAGAUGCCAAAUCAACUUUCAUAGCGUUUACGAUAGCACUGAAAGAGGACACGCUGCCGAAUAGGAACAACCCCCGGAAACCGAUCCACUUGAACGCUGGACGUUUGACGCUGAUGCCGAACUCUACCACGACUAGAUACAAACAGCAUUGUGAUGAUACUGUUGUCGAAUUGGAUAUAACGCCGAAAACUUUUGUGGAGGCACUUUGGACGGCUCCGGACAAGGACAACAAAUGCGUUACAGUUUUCGCGGUGGUAGCUGUACAACCUGAUGUCUGGUAUAAUUACGAAGGUCCGCUGUCAAAAUGGAUCUGCGAAGAUAGGCGAAAGGCUGACGAUAUACAGCCUUUAGAAAAUGACAACUGCCAAGCUUGUGAAGAUGCAAGGUACCAGUUGACCUUCGAAGGUACAUGGUCGUACAACACGCAUCCAUCGCUGUUUCCGAAAUCCCGGGAACUGGCCCGGUUCAGUGACGUAGUCGGAGCAUCGCACAGCAAAGACUUCAGCCUUUACAAAUAUACUUCUGAAGCUAGUUUAGGCUUGAAAUUGUUGGCCGAACAAGGGAAUAGUACUAAAUUAGAGAUCGAAAUACAAAAACAGCUAGGUACAUCUGUACGGACCGUGAUCAAGGCAUCAGCUCCUUACAACACAAGCAUGUCAACGGUCACGAAUUUUCGGGCUACGAGAGAACACCAUCUAAUUUCAUUGGCAACGGCGUUGCUUCCAUCGCCGGACUGGUUCCUCGGAGUCGCGAAUUUAGAGUUAUGCAGCAUCAAGACCAAUCAAUGGACCGAAAACAUAACUUUCAACUUGUAUCCAAUGGAUGCUGGAACUGAUAAGGGUUUGACUUUUGAGGCACCGAACGAGGAAAUGUCCCCGCCACAGCCUAUUUCUCCUGCGAAGUUCAUUAAAGAAAUACCAAAAGAGUUGAUGAAGCCAUUCGCUAGACUUAGAUUGAAGCUGGUUCGAACAUAUAGUACUACUAAUUGUUCCAUGGAAAUUGAGGAACCAGUCACAAGCGAAGGUGAUAAUGAUGCUGAUGCCGGAAAUGACAAAGAUAGAGAGCAUAAUUAUAUAACUGAUCCUCCAGUGACCACUCCGCCGACAACAACGACAAGCGAAGAGCCACCGUCCGUCGAUCCGGCAUCACCGGAUGACUGUCCACUAUCAACGUGGGAAGAAUGGUUUCCUUGCCAAGGAGUAUGUAACGACGGGAAAAUCAAAGGAAUACAAAUACGAUUGCGAUACCGCAUGGUAGAUGGUGUAGCUGUUGGAAAAUAUUUCGGUGAGGAACAAAAAGAAUCACAAACACCAGAGGAAUGUUUAGAUAAAUACAGUCUUAGCGACACUAGGGAAUGUGAGGAAACAUGCGAUAACGAAUCGGAAGCAGUUGACGAAGAUAACGUUUGGGAUGACACAACAUCCGAACUUGACGAACAAGCUUUAAAAUAAAACGCUUAGGAGUCGACUGAGAAGGUCCUUCCCUUUUUUCAAGUAGCAAAUUAAUGUUUGUGCGUCUGCUGAAAUUUUACUUUUUAUUUUUGUAUAAAGUCUAAAAUAUGAUCAAUAGGUAAUUGAAGUAUCAAAUUGUCUGCUUCUUCUAAACUUAUCCAUCAUUUUAUAUGCAUUUAUUAUGUAAUGAUUAAGAUUAUCAUUAUUUUGCUUUCUAUUAAUUCUGAAAUAUUAAGACGAA